AUGGCUAAGGUUAUAACACCAGGCGUUGAUGAUGGCAUUCGGGCUUUAGAUGUAUCUUCCCCAUUGAUGUCUCUUAAAAGUAUUCGUAGCUUAUCGUACAGCAAGCUUCCUCCUCAGCUCACCAGACUUUCUGUUCUAAAACUUGAUGGCUCUUCAUUUGUUUGUUGGUUCGACGACAACAACGCAGAUGUAAAUGUUGCUAGAAAUGCUAGAGUUGGGGAUAUCAAAUGGGCAAUAGAGGAUCUGUUCAAUUCAUCAUCAUUUGAUGGUCAAGAGGAGAUUCCAUGGUCACAAGUUUGGGGAUACUUUUGUUUGUCCUAUAAAAACAAAAAUCUAAUGAAUGACAAUGCUGAUAUACAAUCUUUAGGAAUGAAGGAUAAUGACCAGCUUCGGUUUGUUAAACAUCUUGAAAUGCAGCAAUGCACAAUAGGAAGACAACAACAUUCUUCAGCCAAUUUCUUAAGGUGUUUGUCAAGGCCACACACAAGGGAAGUGAAAUAUGAAGAAGACAAUAUCUCGAUUCCGAAAUUCAGGGUGGCUCAUUUAUUCAGGCGAAAGUUGUAUAGCUCUUCUGGUUUUAUCUUCAAGUGUUAUGGAAUCAAGCCUAAGCUAGCUUGA